AUGUUUUUUAAUAAUUCUCAAAUAAAUAUUUCAAAACAUCUGGAAUCAAAUAAAUUAAUUAAAUAAUAUAAAUGCAACAUUCUGGAGAAGUAUACGUAACCGCAAGAAAAAGGAGAAUAAAAUCAAUAAGAAGAACAACCUUAAAAGUAAGAAAAGCCUCCUGCCAAAAAUUAUUUAGACUUAUCUAAUAAACCUAUUCCUCUAAAUUCUACUUUGAUUCAUUUCGAAGUUUGUAUAAAUCGUUAAAAAUCACAUUAAUUUUGUACAAAACAUGAUGAACUGCGAUAUGCAAAAUUAAAUCAUGAAUUUAAGGAAGAUAACUUGCUUGUUAUUAUUAUAAAAUUCUCUAGUUGUAGAGGCUGCUAUUCCAAAUUCAUAUUGUGUAGUUAACCAUUAAAAUAUUAAGACAUCCAUAGGUGCGUUUGAAAUUACUCAUUUAAGUAAUACAUUUAUAUCUAAAAAUAAGAUCAAAUAAUUUACUCUAAAAAAAACACAGGUUUGUUUCCUGCUGUAGCUCCAACAGUAGAAAGAAUAAAAAGAUUUCUUAAUGA